AUGCUAUCAAUUCUUUUAAUUUAUUCAUUGAUGAUAGGCGAUGUGGAUGAGAAGACUUAUGAAUUUGGAAUGUUGAGAGCCUUAGGAUUCAGAAAAUCAUGGUUAAUUGUACUACUACUAUUCUAAGCAUUAACAUUUGCAAGUUAGUAAUCACUAUUCUAUAUUAUUAGUACCAGGCCUAUUAUUAGCCUUGAUUACUUGUUACCUAUUAAAUGCCUUAAUUUCUAUGUAUAUAUUUGAUAUGUCUCUUUUGAUUUCCUCAUAUAGUAUUCCUCUUUAUGCUUUGAUUGUUCAAAUAAGCAUAGGAAUCUGUAUGCCUAUUGUUAGCAAUAUCUUACCAAUUAAAUAGGCUUUAUCGACAACACUUAGGGAUUCCUUAAAUCUAUUUCAUAAGGUUGUCAGCAACAUAGUAGUAACAGUUAUGAGACUUGAAAAGAUAGGGAUAAGUUUAAAUUAAACAAUUUAUUCCAUAAUGCUAAUAUCAAUAGGAUUUAUAAGUUAUUACGUCAUUCCUAUGAAUAUAAUUUAUUAAAAUAUUGGACUUGCUAUUUUUGUAUUAAAUAUUGUAUUUGUAACUAUGUUAGUAGGUGUAACAAUGAUAAUCAAUUUGGUUCAAAAAAUAGUUGAAAAAUAUCUUCUCUAUUUGAUAUUAUGUCUGAAACCAUCAGAUUAAAAUUUGAAACCCGUAAUCUUAAAUAAUUUAAAAAGUCAUCAGAAUAGGAAUGCAAAAACAACCCUUAUGUACUCGCUUGGUUUGUCUUUGAUUAUAUUCACAGGAUCUUCAUUUGCGAUUAUGAGCUAGAUGAUGUAAAAUUACAUCAAAAUAAGCACAGCAGCAGAUAUUCGUAUUUUUGAUGUCUCCAAAAAGUUUGGUUUAGAUGAGUAACGAUUAAGACAGCAUCUUGCAUGGGAACAAAAGAAUGACUCUACUUUAAUCCGAGAUUAUACAUUUUGUGCAUUACCUUUGAAUGAUUAUCCUGGUAUCUAAAAUCACUUUUAAAUCUCACCAUUAUCUCGUUUUCCUAGAAACAAUAUCAUAUUGCAACCAGUCGAGAAAAACUUACUGAAUUCAAUCACAUAAGAUUAUUAUCAACCAACUGAGUAUGAUACUGAAUCGCAUGAUGUUAAAUAUUUGGACAAUGGUGUAAGAGAUGGAAUAUAUGAUUUAUAUAAUAGGGACUCUAAUUUUGAUAUGAAAUAACAGAAGGAUAUCUCUGGAAUAAAAUCCAAUUCCAAACUUUAUUAGAUAUUUGAACCAAAAUAGAAAACUAUAAAAAUAGAUAGGGAAAUAAAUAUAAUAAUUCCAGAAGGCUAUAGAAAUGCAGGUAGUUUAAGUGUUAAUACACCUGCAUUGCUUACAAUUAGGAAUAAGGAGUACAGGAUAGAGAAGAGAUUGAAAAUUAGGCAUAUGGCAACUAAGAUACCAAAUUUUGACUUUAGUGCUUAUGCUACAGUUGUAUUUUUUGGACAAGGACUGAUAACUAUGGAGGAUGCAGAAUUAUUAUUAAAAGAGAUGCUAAACAAUAGAGCGGUAAGAAAGAGUAGCAAAUAUAAGAAAAUUAUACAAUUUAUAGAGUAAUUACCUAAGAAUUUAAGUUUCGGCUUGCCUAAAGAUUAAUUGUUUAUAAAGUUUAAUAGAGAAACAACUAGGGAAGAAAGAUUGGAUUUUAGUAAUCGGUUGAGAAAUUAUUUCACAAAUGAUUAAAUUUAUUUGAUAGAUUCUCAAGAGCUGAUGAGAACUUUUGAUGAAGUGUUUACAUAUUUUGAGAUAUUUAAUGCCGUGGUUGCAGCUAUUGCAUUGAUUCUGUCCUUUUUCUUACUUUUAAUAUCAUUUAUUAGCAAUGUAAGAAAUAAUUGCUGGGAAAUAGGUAUCUUAAGAGCAAUUGGGUUACAAGAAGUAAGAUUAUUAUAAUUACAUUAGGUUUAAAUUUAAAAGGUGUUUAUAUAUGAAUCUAUAUCACUGAUAGUAUCUUCAGGUAUAAUAGGUUCUUUAGUUGGAUUCAUAAUAGCAUCUACUUUUGCAAUGUAAAUAGCCACUUUUUCGGAAAGUUAGUAUAAACUAGCAUUUCCUUUGUAUACUUUUCUUUUUACUUUCCUUGGUGGUAUUUUGAUUGCGGUGGCUUCGAGUUAUUUGGCUGUAAGGUAAUUAAAGAAUAAAGAAAUUGCAUCCAUUUUAAAAAAUUAGAUUUGA